AUGCGUGGCGUGUUCCUGACCAAGUUGGCGUGGCACGUUGUCAACCGCGAGACGUCGCCGACGUUUGUGGACCCGCGCGCCAUGGAGGACUACGUCAAGUCCAGCAACGUCGCUUUCGGACUGAUGUUGCUGCACAUGGACGCAGACUACCAUCACAUCGUCGAUGAUUGUGAAGAGGCGUGGGUCGCGUGGGCGCGUUUGAAGACGCUGUACGGCGGGUCGCAGAAAGCUGGACGCAUCUACUUGAAGCGCCAGCUGUUCAAAUGGAGAUGGCGGAAGGCGGCAAUGUGA